AUGUAUAAUAAUCAUUCCUAUUAUCGAAGAAAAAUAUCAACGGGGAAGGCCACUCCCGUGUGAAAUAUUGACUUAAUGUCUGGAUCUCCUGUGAGUGAAUUUAGGAAAGCGAGCAAUUAUAAGUCUUGCAUUACCAAAGAUCAUCAAAAAGACUUUUUGGAGACUACUAUUAAGAAUUAUGAAAAAUUGGAAUUCACUUUAAACCCUUAUUUCUCAGCAAAGAAUGAAAUAGAGGAUAAACAUAAUAACUGAAAAGAUUCAAUCUUAUCGACAGAGAAUGAGAAAUCCCUUCGAAGAAUCAAGCUUCUGCACUCCAUUCUGAACGACGAACAGACCAAUGAUGGAUCUCUCUACCAUAUUACUAACUUGUCUGAGAAGGAGGAACCAAUCCAUGAUACAGAUACUUUCAAAGGCUCUAGGCCUGUAAACUUAGUCACUGAUGGGAGUGAAAAUAUUAAUGAAGACAGUGAUGUUUGACUAGGAGGUACAAAUGCUAAAGUCAAAUAUAAGAAAAAGGUCAGUUUCGUGACUGAUUUGAUCCAACAAACAAAAGAAGGAGAUCCAGAAAUGGAGAGUUUUUCUCUAAGACCACAAAGCACUCUUUCUCACAUGAGCAUAGCUGAAGAAUAUGUAGUGGAAUCUAGGUGAACAGCCUUGAUUUCAAGAGAAAGUAACAAUAAAGGAUUUAAUAUUCACGAUGUUAGUGACAAAGAAAACCAAGGUCAUUUCAAUGCUAAUAAUUGGGCUGGCAGCAAGGAUCUCAAUCAAACAUUAACUCCAGGGGGAAAUUGCACUCUAAAAGAUUGUAUUGAUUAUAUAAGCUUUGCAACAAACGCAAGUAGGCUAGAAAAUACAAACAAUUACUCAGAAAUAAACAUGUCAACAAUAAAAUCAAAAUCCUCUUCAGUCACUCGAACCAAGAGAUUUGCCCCAGCAAGGCUUCCUCUUGCCACUAAAAAGUGAAAUUUCAUCCACUCAAAAACCAAAUUUUCCCCUCCAUCCACCCAUCCCUGCCAAAACCUGAACCUAAACCUAACUCAAAUCCCUGGGUCCAAACUCCAAGAAUGCUUAUGCUCAAUAAAACCUAUCCUUGACUUCUCAAGACAAAACGAUAUCACACUCAAAAUCACACUCUAGCUUUUCAGAGUUAGACUUGGCCUAAGCUAUAUGUUUUAGACCUAGAAAUUUA